UUUCGUUUCCGAGAACGGAAAGGAAAUUGAAACGAAGGAGAAAAUAAAGUUCUCAACCUUUGUAAUAGAGGUUCUUGGAGAUGGGCUUCAACUCUGUUUAUCGAUGCUUGCAGGAAAUAUUUCCAAUGGUUGAUUCUCGCUUGCUGAGGGCUGUUGCUAUUGAAAAUUCCAAGGAUGCUGACCAAGCUGCACUUGCUGUUCUUAGUGAGAUUAUCCCUUAUUUUUCCCUUCAUUCCAUUGGUCCUUCUAAUCCUCCUGAGAAUGAUAAUGGAAUUAGGAAGCAGAUGGACUUGUUGAGCCAGCAGCAAGUAAUUUUCACAGCAGAUGUGGGGCCCUCUUUAGAACCAUGUCCAAUAGCUUGUGGUGAUGCCAAGGAGACUGACCAUAGCUCUGGUGUUCUUCAUGCUGAUGCAACACCUAUAGUUGAGGCGCUGAAUGAAUCUACAGUUUCAGAUAUUUAUGAUGCAAAUAAAGUUAAAAAUCAGCCAUGUGGAUGUACUGAAAAUGAUGAAGUGAUUUUAUUGGAAAAUGCAAUGUUGCAUGGAGGAAAGAAUUAUCAGAAACAAUUUUGUGGCUAUACUAAGGGUGAGGAUCUGAUUUCUCGGGGAAAUGCUAUCAAAAUUGAGUUAGGGAUGAACCCCCCUGGCAUGACCACACCUUUGAUAAAUGAAAAGGGUGCUGUCAAGGUCAUUGCAAAUGAUCUGGAUCUUGAUAGGAAAGAUUUUGACUUUCCUAUGGAUGAUGACUCUAAUAUGGUUGUCCAUGGAGAAUGCCAGAAAGAAGAAUUGUGCUUAGAUAGCUCUGAGGUGAGAAAAUCUGUGCCUAUGCCGGUUCCAACAUCUAUCAAAGAACAUACUCUGUUGGCUAGUGGUUCCUCUGAUGUCACUUUCAGGCAAGACUAUUUUGACAGUGAAAUGAAUGGUGUUGAGGAUGAGCCAAAACCGGACACCAUAGUUACCCAUUCUGACCAAGAAUGUAAAAUUCAUCUUGUUGAAGAGAUCAUUGUACAUGCCAAAAAUAACAAGAAGGAAUUAAAUGGUAAACAGAUGAAACUAUCUGGAUCCCGAGAUGAGAAUGAAGGUUCAAGAGCUGAAGUGGAAGCUAGUUCAAUGCCUGGCAACAAGUCAGCUGAAGAAAGCACUAAACCUUCUGAGCCACCCAAGCAAGACUAUAUUCAUGUGAGAGCGAGAAAGGACCAAGCUACUGAUAGCCAUAGUCUAGCAGAGAGGGUAAGGAGGGAGAGUGAGAGGAUGAAAAUUCUCCAAGAUUUGGUCCCUGGAUGUAAUGAGGUUACUGGAAAAGUCGUUGUCCUUGAUGAGACAAUUAAUUACAUCCAGUCGCUGCAACGCCAGGUUGAGUUCCUCUCGAUGAAGCUUGGAGCAGUUAAUUCAAGGAUGGGUAUGAACCCCGCUAUUGAGGGCUUUCCUCCGAAAGAUGUAAGCUUGCGUGCACUGAUUCAUAAUCCAACAUAUUGUGUUGUUUGUGCUGGAAGGAGUUAUGGACAG